CAACUUUUGCCAGGGCAUUUUAUUAUUCCAACUACAGUCUGGGUUGGGCAGGUAUUUCUGGUUUUAUGUCUAAUCAGCUGAUGGGAGAUAAGCAUGGAGCAAGCAGACACUCUGGAUCCAAACUGCCUGGCCUGACACCAGAACAAGUCCCGUCUUUCCACCUUCAGUUUCACAUACAAGACAGGCAUCCUUUGCAUUUCAAGCACAAGACGACAAUUCUUGAAUGAGUGCCUGGAUGCAUACUUGAAGUCAUGGGUAUGUUGGCUAGAUUUUAUCUCUCUGUUCUCACUGGGUGUAUAUCAGGGUAAGAGCAAAGGAGGAGGAUCUACUACCCAAUUAGCAGCAUUCCUGAGGAAUGAGUGGGAGGUGCGUUGUGUUCAGGGCUGUUUCUUGCUGAACAAUUCAAACUUCUCAGCAUAGGUUCUUCUGUUCCUGGAUACUUUGAGGACACAGAUGAAUUCAUAGGCGCUUUUCUUGGCAGCAGCAAAUUCUCUGGGCUAUCAAUGAAGAAAAUGGAUAAAUUUGGAAAGCAUGGCAGAUAUGGAUUUGUUAGAACUCGAUUUCCUAGACCCCAAAUCAUUUUGCAGCCAGUCUUAUUUUCUGGACACCCAGAGGUUUGCAGCACUAGAAAUUGCCCUUGCAAAAUGAAUCACUUUUCCCGGAAGAGCUCCUCAGAGCUUCCACAGUUGGAAUACAGGCCAUCCCAGACAGACUCAUCAAAUAACUUAGCAAUGGAUACCUUUUGGCUAGAAGUAGAGAGCAUCAAAGAAAGCACUGAAUCUGAGUCUGAUGAGGGCAGCCUUACAGAAGCCAAGGUUUUAGAAGAGGGGGAAGCCGAAGCUGAAUGGCUGCAGGAUGCAGGACUCUCUGACCUAAUGAAGGACCAUGAAGAGAAUAGCAACAUUGUCCUGCUGUCCACUUUGACCAAGACUCAGGCCGCAGCUGUGCAGCGAAGGUUGGAUACUUACACCCGCUCCCGACGGAAGAAAAAUAAGCAGCCCAUCCGUGAUGUCAGAGACAUUUUUGGAGUAGUUGAGUCUGGG